AUGGCUUACUCUACCCACUCCCGCAAGAACAUUGCGCGCGAUCUCAACAGAGACUAUCUCGUCAACGAUCCCAGCCGCCACACAGUGCAGCUGAUCCCCACCUGGGCCCGCUACUCGCUCCGCUGGGCCGUCUUUAAGCCCUCCCUCGACGAAAUCAAGCAGUUCGUCGCCUCUGGCGCAGGAAACGUCAUCCCGAUCCAGCAAGAAAUUGCUGCCGAUCUGCUGACCCCUGUCUCUGCGUACCUCAAAAUCUCUGAAAAGUCCGAUUACUCUUUCCUCUUCGAGUCCGUCGCUGGUGGAGAAAAGAUUGGCCGCUAUUCGUUUAUCGGUGCCGACCCCUACAAAGUCAUCCAUGUUGGUGACAAAUACGCUCACAAGGGCGAUCCUUUGAUCACCAUUGAAAAAGAACUCGAAGACGUCAAAUACGUGUACGUUCCCGGCUUCCACGAAUUCACUGGUGGAGCCGUCGGCUAUGUCUCAUACGACUGCGUCCGCUUCUUCGAGCCCCGAACCAACCGCCCCCUCAAGGACGUCCUUGAUCUCCCCGACGCCGUCGUGAUGAUGUGCGACUCUAUUGUCAUUUUCGACCACCUGCACCACGUUGUCAAGGUCACCAGCCACUUCAAGACCGACACCAGCGAGAUGUUUGACCACGAAAUCGAGAUGGAAUACCACCGCGCCACCUCCGAGAUCCGCCGUAUCGUCGAGCUGCUCUCGAGCGACCACACUCCCGUGCCCCACCAGGAGCCCAUUGUCAUCAAUGAACCUACCACCAACGUCGACCAGGAGGCCUAUGAAGGCUUUGUUCGGACGCUGAAGCACUACAUCAACGAAGGCGACAUCAUCCAGGCUGUGCCCUCGCGCCGCGUCUCCAAGAAGACCGCGAUCCAUCCCUUCAAUGCGUACCGUCACUUGCGCAGCGUUAACCCAUCCCCGUACAUGUUCUACGUCGAUGUCAAAGACUUCCAGAUGGUCGGUGCCUCGCCUGAGAUGCUCGUCAAGGUCGAGGACAAUGUUGUCUACACUCACCCCAUCGCCGGUACCCGUCGUCGCGGCCGCACUCCCGAAGAAGACGACGCCCUUGCAGCCGAUCUCCUUGGCGAUCUCAAGGAGCGUGCCGAGCACAUUAUGUUGGUUGAUCUCGGUCGAAACGACGUCAACCGCGUCUGCCAGCCCGGAAGCGUCAAGGUCGACUCGCUCAUGCAUAUUGAGCGCUACAGCCACGUUAUGCACAUUGUUUCGAACGUCUCGGGUACGCUGCGCAGCGACAAGACCCGGUUUGAUGCAUUCCGAUCCAUCUUUCCCGCCGGAACCGUCUCUGGCGCCCCCAAGGUGCGAGCCAUGCAGCUGAUUUACGAUCUCGAGCAAGAGAAGCGCGGCAUCUAUGCCGGUGCUGUCGGCUGGUUUGCCUACUCUGGCGGCCUCGAUACCUGUAUCGCCAUUCGAACCCAGCUCUUCAAGGACGGCAUGGUCCAUUUCCAAGCCGGCGCUGGCAUUGUUUACGACUCGGUCCCCACCAGCGAGUACGAAGAAACCGUCACCAAGCUCAAGAGCAACGUGCUUUCCCUCCAGCGUGCCGAGAUGCACUACCAGGAACUCCAACAACUCAAGAAGACUGCCCAGCUCCUCGAACAGCAGAUCUACAUUGACUAA